CUAUGAGUGACUAAUAAUCAUCUUCAAUGUCUAUAGCUGAAUCAAUUGUACCAUAUGUGUAUGAACCAGGUCCAAUACUAAACAUUGUCAAGAAUGGAGAGGAACUAGUCAAAAGCUCUUAAUAUUAAGAAGCCUAUGAAGUUUAUAGUUAAGCACUCCCUUUAAUAUAUCAAAAUUCAAGACCAGAAGUCAUUGAAUCAACUACAGAAGAAGUUCUUUUAGGAAUGGCAAAGUGCGCUCUUACUUUAAAUAAACUCUCAGAGAGCAAACACUAUUGUUUUGAGGUAGUCAAUUCUUUAAAUCUCAUAAGAUUUUGAAGAGUUUCCCUUAGCAUCCAACAGCUCUUUUGUAUUUAGGAUUAAUAUACAAACAAGAAGGAAAUGAAAAAAAAAGUGAUAAAUAUAUAAAAUUAGCCUAUAGCAGCAAUCAAGAUACAGAUUAUAAUUCAGAAAAUUAGUUACUUCUUUAAAUAUUUAGACAAUAUUCUGAUUAAUCUAAUCAUAAUUACUCUUAACUCUAAAAUAGCCAAAAGUAACAACAAUCUUAAUAAUAUAUUUUCAUUUAAUCAAAAGACUUAUUAACUCAAAUUGUUGCCUCCACUAUUUUAGGAAGUUUUUCAACCAUUAUAAUAAACUCAAAAAAAAAAUACACUUCUGUUAAUUUAUUCAUAAGUGCUUGGAAUUCUACUUGUAUUUUUGGAUGUCUAAGAUUAAGUUGCUUUAGAUUAAAAUAUCUUUGUUUUGGAACUUAUUUCUUGAGCUUAUUAGCACUAUAUUUAUAUUAAAGAUAUUUCUGA